CUGAAAAAGCGUCUGGGUGCAAAUCGUUUUGUCAAUCGGAAGGAAAUCGGUAGAUGGAGAGAGGAGAGAGAACAAUGAAAGUAUAUGCGAUUUUGGGGCUUCUUCUCUUUUCUGCUUUCGUCGGCGAUGUAUCGGCUCUUUCAGUCACCGUGAACGACGUCGAAUGUGUAUACGAGUAUGUACUUUACGAAGGCGAUACCGUUUCAGGCAACUUUGUUGUUGUCGAUCAUGAUAUAUUCUGGAGCUCCGAUCACCCCGGCAUCGACUUUAUCGUGUCAUCUCCCGGAGGAAAUGUAGUACAAACCAUGAAAGGAACAUCUGGAGAAAAAUUUGAGUUCAAAGCUCCAAGAAGUGGAAUGUAUCAAUUCUGUUUCCAUAAUCCUUACUCAACUCCAGAAACUGUCUCUUUCUACAUACAUGUUGGUCAUAUUCCCAAUGAGCAUGACCUAGCAAAAGAUGAGCAUUUGGACCCUGUGAAUGUGAAAAUUGCUGAAUUGAGGGAGGCAUUGGAAUCUGUUACAGCUGAACAAAAAUACUUGAAAGCUCGUGAUGCUCGACAUCGCCAUACAAAUGAGAGCACGCAUAAAAGGGUGAUCUUUUACACAAUUGGAGAAUACAUUUUGUUGGCACUUGCAAGUGGACUCCAAGUGGUUUACAUACGUCGCCUGUUUAGCAAGUCGGUUGCAUACAACCGGGUUUGAGCUUUGAAUCAAUCAAUUGUAUCUUAUCUUUCUUCUUAUAUUUAUUGUUAUAGAUUAGAACUCGGGAACAUUUAUGUUAUCUAUCGUGUUUAGAGCUUUUCGAUGUUUUACCUUUUUACUUACCUUCAAUUAAAUUAAUGCAAUCUUGCAAUUUUCAA